AGUUUGUAAAGCGCGCGCAGUCAGCAUUAACCACUUGUAAGGCGUACUUGCUCCCGAGUUUCAUCUUAAUUGAAAGAAAUAGUGCUGAGCAUAGUCUUGCUUACGCAUCGUGAAAUAUACAUAACGCUUAUCAUGAUGUCGCGAAUCGCGAUUAUCAUCGCUUUAUGCGUUCUACUCAGCGAAGCAAGCAACUUAAAUGAAGUGAAAGAUACAUUCUGGAACAAAAUACAAGAGAACGUUGAGACGAGUAAGACAAAGGAUGAGUUAUAUAAAUCUGUCGAGUUCCCGACGCGUUCAAUUGGGUUCGACGAUGAUCGAGAGGUUCAGCUGAGAAGUCGUACUCAGACGUUACAGAAUUUACCACCGGCUGUAAUGGCAAGAUACAUCGUUAAUCAAGCUGAUUGGGGGGCUAUAGCGACGAUAAGCACAAGAAAGGAUAUUCCAAGCUUUCCCGUUGCAAAUUUGGUCUCCAUCGCCGAUGGGCCUGUUGGAAGCGGUACUGGAAUACCAUACAUGUAUCUCACCCCUUUGGACUAUACUGCUCAAGAUCUUGCUAAAGAUCAUCGCGCAACUGUGUUCAUAUCAUUAGCUCAAGGAGACUAUUGCAAAAAUAAAGGAUAUGAUCCGAUGGACCCACGAUGCGCUAGAAUUCUUCUAAGUGGAAAGAUUAAAGCGGUGAAAAAUGAGACUCAUGAAGUUGUGGAACAAUUAUUUUUCGAUCGUCACCCACAACUACGUAAUAUGCCCGCAGAUCACAAAUUCUUUUUCGCUGAAUUGGACAUAUCGACAAUCGCCUUAUUGGACACCUUCGGUGGACCGAAAUACAUUUCCGUUGAUGAUUACUUAAAUGCACCGACCAUCCGCAGAGAUUUUGGUUUGCGUCGUAGAAAAAUUAUUUUUAAUAAAUCUGCUGUUUGAUAAAAUUACUUUCUAUCAGAAUCUAAAGAUCCUAAUGAUUCGAAUUCCCGAAGCUCAAUAUUGGAUCUUCUUUAAAAAGAAAUUUUAAAAACUAAUUAAUAUUUUUAUAUCUAAU